GAAAGAGGGGAGGAUAAGAAGAGAAAGAGGGGAGGAUAGGAAGAGAAAGAGGGGAGGAUAGGAAGAGAAUGAGAGAAGGAUAGGAAGAGAAUGAGAGAAGGAUAGGAAGGGAAAGAGGGGAGGAUAGGAUGAGAAAGAGGGGAGGAUAGGAAGAGAAAGACAGAAUUACUUUAUAAAAUUUGAUAUAUAAUAUAUUUGAUAUCCUAAUAUAAUUUGAUGUUUGAAGUCCUAUAGGCUAUUUUGGCGAAAAAAUAUUCAUAUUUUAGGAAAUUUAGAGAGAUUUUAUUUGUUUCAUUGUCCCCAAUAUUUUUUUGUAUUGUGAAUAAAGGUAUGAAUUGGGAGGGAAUACAUUUUGUAUGUUGUCUUCCUUCACAUGACUUACUCAAUGACCAUUGGCUUGCAGUUUCAUGGUCAUCGCUUUCAGAUAUAUUGUACGACCUCAACACUUUGCUGUUUGCCAACGUACAAUUAGUAAUUAUUGUUAUUGGCAUGGUUGAAUACUUUGGAGGAUUUGCGCAUUGUGAGCUAUCAUAUAGUUACUGUUGAUACUUCCUUACCAUGGGCAUAAGUCCUUUUUAAUAGAGUAUAAUUUGAUAUAGGUACUUGAAUUUUUAUUAUAAUUCAUCAGAAUGUGUUUUAUGUACCUUUGUUUUAAUAGUUAUUUUUUUGGUUUCAGGUGGAACAUGUUUCAAUGGUGAACUGAAUGGUGAUUUGGAAGACACAAUGGAAAUGUGUGAUGUCAGUCAGCAUAAUUCACUUAUGUUGAAAGUUGUGUCCAACAAAUGUGUAAAUGAUGAGCGUUCCAGUAUUACUGAUUUUACACCGCAGGUGGCUAGUGGUGAUAGUGGAAGUGCAGAACAUCGACAAGAAAUAUGUUCUAAGGAAUCUGAAACAAGUGACAAAGUGCCUAACAGUGAACCUGCAAAUAUGUGUAGGGACCUUGCAAGUGAAGUGCCUACAAGUGUUGGGAAGAGUAUAGAACAUAUUGAUAUAGGGAAAUCUGUGGGUAUUCAAGAAAUCAUACCCGUUUCCACACAUAGCAUUAAGGAUAGUGAACUCUCUAAAGAAAUAGUGGAUUUGAAUAAAAACUGUGAUGAUUCAAUUAGCCAUGGUAGUAGUGUUCAUGAAGACAAUGCCGAGGUGAAUGAAGUGAUGUGUGUUACUGGCAAAAGUAAUAUAGAACUUUCUGGGAAUUGUGAAUUAAAAUCAGGAAAUGAUGAUAUGUGCAUUGCUGCUGAGACUGAGAAAAGUAUAGCUUUUAAAAAUAGUGGUGAUUGCUCUGUUGAUAAAAAUGGUGAAGACUGUGAGGGAGAAACAAAUUUACAACAGUCAGACUCUUCAGCCAAUGAAAUUGAGUGUUGUGAUGAUGAAGUAUUUACAAAUGAAAUGCAAGUAGAAACAGAUACCAAUGGCAAAGAUGAAGAUGAUGAGGGGGACAAUGAAGGUGCAGUUGAAAAUGAAGGUGAAGGUGAAAGUGAAGAUUGUGUUAAGAACACUGGGCUUGAAACUGUGGAGAUAAAUGAUGAGGAUGAAGAUGCACAUGAACAUGGUAAAACAGAGGAAACUCUCUUAAAAAAUACCAAUGAAGAAGAUGCAAUAAAAUCGUGUAGUUUAGAACAAAAUAAUGAAGAUGCAAAAAGCAAUGAUGAGUGCCAGGUUUCAUCAUCUGUUUCAGAAGAAAAGAAUGAGAAGGGAGAAGAACAAACUCUGAAUCAGACAGAAAAUUCGGAGGGCAAAUCAGAAGAGGUAUCUUCCAAGGCAAAGAAAUCGCGUAAAAGUGCUGUUGUAUUGAAUUUGACUCCUAGACGUAGUUCUCGAAAUUUAAAUAAACAAAAAAGUUAUGUAGAGAAGGAAGAGGAACCAGAAAUUCAAGAGAUCACACCAAGUGAUCCUCUUGCAGAUCCUUUGUCUACUGAUCCAUUAAGGGAUGAUAAAGAAAAUUCAAAAUCCAGAGGUGCAAGAAAAAACACAAUAGUUGUGAAUGAUACCAAGAGAUUAGUUGAAAUUGCAACUGGAAGCAAAGGUAUGAAAGGGGGAAAGAAGGAGCCCACAUUGGUGAUCAUAGAUACUAAUUCUAUUCUUUCUGGAAGAGGACCUGUGCCUGUGUCUCAGGGAUCUCCACCAGGUCCUUCAUCAGUAUCAUCAGCAUCAUCAUCAUCAGGGUACUCUGUACUGCCAAUUGCACUUCCUGCUCAGGGCUUAUAUCCUCCUGUUCGCAUAAAUAACCCUCUUCCUUCAGCCCCAAUACAUCCACCUGUUCCAGCACCUGUUCAGCCCAGACCAUCUCCACCUCAAAUCUUGCCAACGCUUACAGAUGACAUGUAUGUUGUAGAAGCACCCUCAUUUAUUGUGCCAUAUGUUUAUGAGAAGCCCCCAAUCAAACCGUUGAAGGAAUAUCUUGAACAAUUAGAAAUAGAAAUAGAAGAAACAAAAAGUAAAGAAAAAGAAGCAGCUGGCAGUGAAGAAGAGAAAAGUGAUUGUUCACAAGAGAAUGGUUGUAGUGAAAAUGAAGCAUCAAAACCUCAAGAUGAUGAACAAUGUAAAGUUAAUGGUGAGGAUGUAGAUGCUGAGACUCCAAAGUCAAAAAAUGAAGAUGAUAACCAUAACGGUGAAAAGGAAUCAAACGUUACUGAAAAUGUAUCUGAUACUGAGAGUAUAUCAAAAUCAAAAAGUAGUGUUACUGAGCCCAAAGAGGAGACUGUUGAUAAAGAUGAAUCUACAAAAGAAGUUGAAAAAAGCAUGGAAUUAGAAAAAAGUGAUGAUAAUGAAAAGAAUGACAGUGAAAUUAAUGAUAACGAAAAGAGUAAUGAUGAAGAGAGAGUAAAUGAUGAAAAGAAGGCAACUGAUGGUGAGAAGGUAGAUGAUGCUGAAAAACCAAUUGAAAGUGAUAAAACAGAUGAUGGUGAAAAGACAGAUGAUGGAGAAAAGGCUGGAGAUGAUGAUAAAACUGGAGAGGGUGAAAAGGGCAAUGAGACUGAAAAAAGUGAAAAUCGCAAUUCUGAUAAUAAUGGCAAUGUGCCACAAGAUGGAAGAGAGAAAACUGAAAUAAAACUAGAGGAUAAUAAUAAGUCCUCAUACUUCGAUAAUCCAUUAGGAAAGUUCUUCAUGCAAAUUGGAAUUAAUUUAGUUCAAGAGUAUGUUCAAACUGAUCUUCUGAGAUCUCAGAAACGAAAGCGUGAUAGAGAAGGGCGGAAAGGAACUGUUUCUACACAGUAUGCUAUAAAUUCCCUUGUUAAAAAUUUGGAAUUUAGUAAAGAGAAUAAUGAACCAUUUCAUUUGGAACAAAAGAAAUGUGAAUAUUGCAGUUUUAAAACUGAAUCUUCCUUGGUAAUGGCACAGCAUCUGGAAACCCCUCAUAUGCGAAAUUAUGUUUAUAGGUGCAAUUUCUGUCCUUUAGAGGUUCGAAGUCCGCAUGAUAUUCUUUUUCACAUGGAAGCUGAACAUAAUGUGCGGGGACGUUUAGAACGUGCACCAGCUUUUCAUCAGUGUCCAAAUUGCCCUUUUGAGGAUAGUCAAAAAGGAAAAUUGACUCGUCAUAUGCUCUCAUGUGCUAAAAAGCAUAAACCUGAACGUAAUCAAGAACCACCACCUGACUGGGAACCACCUGCAAAAAUUCCUCGCCUGGCACGUAGCCGUCCAACGGCAUUGGGUUUGGGAGCAGCAGCCUAUCAGGCGAUGGCUGCAAAAAGUGUUCAUCCCCUUCUUCCAAAGUUGGUUCCUGGCACUGUCCUUCCGCCUGCUCCAGGAGGGAUUAAUCGUGGUCGAGGGCGGCCUCCCAUUCAUGGACGAUAUAUUCCUCAAGACCCCAAGGCAGUUCAACGUCCCAUAGCACCAACACAAGUGCGACAAAAUAUGAUGUAUCGUCCUGGUGGCUCUCCAGGUCAGCCUCAAGUUUUGUUACCCACUGCAUACCAGAUAGCAGGAAGUCAAAUUUAUCAGGUUGUGGGGAGUCAAAGCCAGAUGCCAAUGGUGCCCAGUAGCGUCCCUUCUGUGCCUCGUCUUGCGUUGAUGUCUCCAAGCACAGCCAACACAACUGUACCUACCCCUGUUGCUCUGGUGCCCAAUAUAGCAACAGGCAAUAGUUCCAUCACUAUACAGAGUGCAAGUAAGAGUCCAACAGCCAAACUAUUGCAGCAGCCUAGUAUAUCAAUUACACCUUUACCCAGGCAGCCAGCAGGAAUGGCUCCUGGAAGUGCAAUGCACCCAAAACAUGUUGGACAUUCAGGCCAUCCAGGGCAUUCACAAAAUAAAGCAACAUUUGUUAUCUGUGAGAUAUGUGAUGGCUAUAUAAAGGACUUGGAACAAUUACGUAACCAUAUGCAGUGGAUACAUAAAGUAAAAAUACAUCCCAAAAUGAUUUAUAACAGGCCACCAUUGAACUGUCAAAAAUGUCAAUUUCGUUUCUUUACUGACCAAGGCUUGGAAAGGCAUUUGCUUGGUUCUCACGGUCUUGUCACAUCAAGUAUGCAGGAAGCUGCUAAUAAAGGCAAAGAUGGCGGCCGUUGUCCAGUAUGUGGCAGGGUUUAUCAGUGGAAAUUGUUAAACCACGUGGCUAGAGACCAUAAUAUGUCUUUAAAGCCAGCCCACCUCUCAUACAAGUGCACAGUGUGCACAGCCACAUUUGGAAUGUACAAGCAAUUCGAGAACCAUGUUUAUUCUGCACAUAGUGUAGUUGCUAAACGUGUUAUAGACAAGAAAAGUCCCCAAGUUCCUCGUCCACAAUCAAGUGAAACGCUUCUUAAGCCUCUUAAGAUAAACGAUGAAAUAACAAUCAUUCCUCAACCAGCGCGGCCUCGACCUGGUCCUGCUAGCCGAACCGGUGCUGUAUCUGCAAUAAUGCAGCAAAAUAUGGGUAAGGUAUAUUCCUGUGAAAAGUGUGAGGCAUCCUUUGAUGGCCUGACAGGUUUUACUCAAUAUCUAAACCAUUUGAGACAACGUCAUCUUCGUCGUUGUGACAUUAAAGUGUGCCGUUUGGAAGAUUGUCCUACGUGCAAACGUCGACACAUCACUCAGUCUAUUUUGGAUUAUUUAGAAGAACAUAAAUCAGGGGUUGAUGUCAUUGAACUCUCUGAUGAUGAAGUUGUAUUUGCUGGUCAGGGUCGUAAUGAAAUUACUAUAACAAAGGUGUCUUGUGCCCCAGGGCCCAAACGCUUCAAGCAGAGACUCCAACAGAAGCAAUCGUCUGUGCAAGUGAUAGAACUAGAAGAUUCUCCUGUGAAAAAGGACAAGGCAACAGAUGGUAGUGGUUUCCAGGAAAAUGGAGAGGACACGCUGAAUGCUGUGAAAGAACGUUUACGUAGGAGAAAGAGCCUGGAAAUCUCGCAAGUGGACUCCGAAUGUUCAUCACAUUUGAGUGAUGAUGCACCUGCUAAGAAACGCCGUCGCAAUGAUGAAUGAAGAGUGGUGUUUUGGUUUAUGGAAUGCCAGAAAAAAUCAACAGAAAACGAAAUGAGGAUGCAGCAUAAACUGUUUGAUGCAAGUGUCUAAUUUUCUUGAAGGUUAAAGACAGUUAAAAGGAACUGUAGAUUGUAUUAAGUUCUGUUUUAAAUACUACCAAAGUGAAUGAAAUAUACCUGGCACUAAUAGUGUGCGUUUUCAAGUAAGAUCAGAUAUAUUGUAAAUGGAAUCCAAAAACUUGCCUCCUGAUGAGUUAUAGCAUUACCUGUGUUAAACAAUGCCGAAGAUCUCAAGCCUGAGGUCACUUGCAUAUAAAAACUCUUUUGACUCAGAGGAUACGCAUCCUCGGAAGUGAUCUGUUAUAAGUUUCUUCUGAUGAUAGGGUAUGUGUGAUACGUUUCCUUCAUGUAUUCUGAAAGACCCUUCAUAACACCCAAGUUUUCUUUAUUCACAUCAUUCAUUAUUUAUGGGUCUCUUAGAAUCAGUGAAAGUGAUAAUACUUAUAAAAGGAACAGUGUGUCAUGUAUGUAGAGUGGUUAAUAAUGAUAUGAAAUGAUGUGGCAGUAGGUCUUGCGCUGUGAGACAUUGUUGAGAACUUCAUACCUCAUAUAGUUGCUUUUACCUUCCUCAGCUUCAAUAUUUUCAUGUUCACUUGCUGGUAGGCAGUAAUCUAAUUCCUAAGCGGUAGUGUCUGUGUUGAUAACUUUUAUUUAUGUACAGAAGUAUACCGUUUUUAAUGAAUUAUUCGCUUUCAAUUGUUUUUAAAUGUUACAUAGUGUGCAAGAAGCAAAAUCAUGUCUGUAUAUAGCUUGGAUAUUAUUAAAAUUGAUAAUUUGUAGCAACUUUGUUUAAUAAAAUUUUCUGGCCCAGCCACAGAAUAGGUAUUGGGGAAGGUUGUGGCUCUUACGGGUUUUUGAACAGUUCUCCCGAGGUACCUUAAUCUUGGUUCAGCGGUGUGGUGUAUCAUCAUAACCAUAAUUGUCAGUAUCUUCAUCAUUACCGUGUUGGCAUUACAACACCACAGUAAGCACCAAUCAUUGCAAUCUUCGCCUGAAUAAUCAUAAUCAUGAUCAUCCUUGUUAUUACAUAGAUAGUGCUACUGAUUUAAUUCCAGCUUACCAGAUAAGUAUAUCUGGAUGCGAAAAUAAUUUGAAGUUUCUGGUUGUAUACUUUUGUAUCACAUUAUCAUGUUGUGAUUACAUAACUCAGAUGCUGUUACACCUGGCUUGGAAGAAAAAAAUGUUCAACAUACUUCUAUUCAUUUAUCGUAUUUUAUCCUUUUGUGGGUAAGUUAUUUAUACUAUGGAAAAUUUAUUUACCAAUAGAUUUUCAUGUCGAUAUAAAUAUAUACAUAUAUAAAUAUAUAUACAAAUAUAGAAAACUAGACUACUGUAAAGCAUCUGUACUUGAAAGUAUAUUACUGACAUUUGUGAUGUCGUAAAACUUGGAAGUUCUACACCAAAUAAAACCUACCUUUCAAAACCCAUGUGGUGUUGGGUAUGAGAUUUUGAAAGAUAUAUUAGUUUCAAUAUUUAUUUGUAUUUUCAUUCCGGAAUAUUAAAGAAAGGCAAGACUGAUUAAUCAUUUUAAAACUCUUGUUAAAAAGUAUAUACUACUUGUAGCUCAGCUUUCUGCUGUUCUCCCAAUAAUCCUUUUCAAUUUGGUUACCCUCUGAUUAGAUUUUUUAUCCCAUAUUCAUUCCUUUGAACCGUGUGCUUCUUCCUUUCAUGCCCAUGUUCUCCUUCAAUUCCUUGAUGAAUUCCUGUGGCUUUGGAGCUGUAUCUCAAUGUCACUGAACAGUAUUUAUUUCAUAUUUAUUUUUUAUUAAAGACACUGUUGGUAAAUAAUGAGUUGUUGAUUUUUAGCACCGACCCAUAUUUUUGUGGUAAAAGCAUUUAUAGCCAGAGAUCCUCUUCUCCAAAUUUUGUUGUGGGUAUGAAUUUUCUGUUCCUAUGGUCCCAAAUCCUAACUCUUUUCAGUUCAGUGAUAUUUAUAUUAAUGAAAUUUAAGAAUAUUUUUGUUAUUUUUUCUUUUUCUCAGAGACAGUACAAAAGCACUCUUGUAAAUGAAAGUCAAGGUCAGCUUUGUAGAAUUGUCAAUUGUAAUUAGUGGACUGUGUCAAUUGUACAUUUUGCCAUUGAAGGUAAUGUAGUUGUAAAAGUUGGUCGUAAACUUUGUUCACAAAUACUUUUCUGGUGUGCGUGUGUGGUUGUUUGUUUGCGGUUG